CCCAUCUAUAUCAGAUCCUCUCAUCUAUAUCAGACCCCCAUCUAUAUUCUCCCAUCCAAACUCCCAUCCUUGCACCACCGCCAUAGGGCCAACCACUACACAGACCAUAUACAUCAAACGUUGUUCCACAUCUCCCUCAUCAUGCAUUUUCUCCACAUUUUCACCCUUAUUUUUGCAUCUUUAGUGGCCGCAACAUCCUCGUCAUCCUCAUCAUACACUACAUCUACAACAGCGGCCACCACCACAUUGGUGUGGGUCACAGGCACCAACAGUAAUGGGGUCACCGUCACCACGCAAUCUGCAUACACCCAACAAUUCACUAGUUUUUACACGUCAGUUGCUCUGCCUUCCUCUGGGUCGAUCGGUAUUGGAACCGAGUCCGGAACCGUUGGAGUGAUCAGAACAUAUUCGUACACUACGAUCAAUGGCGCCGAUGGAAUGGUUGCUGGCAGACCGACGGGAAUUUUUAUCACUAGCAUAGCGCCGCUCCUCUCGGCCAUUUUCGGUCUUUUCAUGUUGUAAGUCGGUUUUUCGAUUUCAGAAACGGCAAACCUCCAGACACAGCUAACGUCCUUCUUGACAAUACCAUCAUUUAAACCGUAUAGAACAAUACUACAAAUAAUUUGCAGUCAUACUAAGCAACACCUUUAGUUAUGUCCAUCCCUCGAUAGCUUGUUUCCAAACAACUGUGCAAGCCUUGUUUUCUGACUCAGAGAAGCGAUGGCAA